AUGACUGUCGAGGUGGUCCUCAACACGCCUCUGGCGGAGGCCCUGACCGUCUCCAUCCAGCCUAAGCUGCACGAGCUAGGCUGGGGCAGCGGCGGCGCCGAUGACUCUGCCUUGGCCGAGUACAUUGUGCUUAUGCUCGUUAACCAAAAGUCCCAAGAAGACAUCGCAUCCGAGCUCUCAGGCGAUUUCCUCAAUCUCGGACCCGACGAUCCCAGCGCGAGGGAUUUCGCGAAAUGGCUAUUCGAGCAGAUCGACACGCUGAGCGCCCAACAUAAUGGCGCAAGCGCAGCAGUCGCUGGAGAGGAUGGCAUGACAGACGUCGCGCAAAACGACGCAGAAAUGGAUGGCGACGUGGAUACUGAGAUGGGUGCGACACCUGAUGCUGGUACUGAGCUCAACGCCCCGACUGGCCCAAAGUCAAUGCGAACUGGAAACUUCCGAGGUGGACGCGAGAAACGCAUGAUGGGUCAGAUCAACCGCGCACUGGACCGAGGCCACGAAUCCGUCCUCCACCGUGUGCGCGGCAAUGAGCGAAUCGCAAGAACGCCCCCGACCGGACCGAGAAUGGGUGCUGGGAGGCAACCUCGCGUUCAUGGCAACCGUGCAGCAACCAUUGCGCAUGGCAUGGCCGGAGGAAUAGGAGGUGUCCCGUCUGGUCCUGCAGCGAUGAACGGCAUGAACAACGGCUGGAUGAUGCCAGGGCAAGCACCGCCGCAGAUGGAUCUCUUCGCCAUGCUGGAACAUCAGCAGCAGAUGCUCCAACAGAUGAUGAUGCAGCAGCCGGGAGGGAUGAUGAAUAACGGUGGACCGGCGCACGGUCGCGGAAAGUCUCUGUUCGAGCGUGUGCAGAGACCGCAGAACAACUUCCAAAGGGGGAGGGGACACCAUCAGCACAACGGACACCAUGCUGGUCGGCCGUCAACUGAGGCAGCCAAGGCAGAGGCGAACAUCCAGGGCGCGGAUGUCGAUAUGUCUCAAGCCGGGCGAGAAGCACUAAACCCCGAGGAGGCGGUCUGCAAGUUCAACCUCAACUGCACCAACAAGGAAUGCAAGUUUGCGCAUCAAUCUCCGGCCGCGCCUCCCGGCAUAGCCCUCGACAUGAACGACGUCUGCAGCUUCGGCGUGGCCUGCAAGAAUCGCAAAUGCGUUGGCCGACACCCUUCGCCCGCGACCAAGCUUGCCCACCAGAGCGAACAGGACUGCAAGUUCUUCCCUAACUGCCAGAACCCGCGUUGCCUGUUCCGACACCCGACUAUGCCCCCGUGCAGGAAUGGCGGCGAGUGCAAGGUUCCGAAUUGCAAAUUCACCCACGUCAAGACAGCCUGCAAGUUCCACCCUUGCACAAACCGGUUCUGCCACUUCGCACACGAGGAGGGACAGCGAGGAACGUUCCAGGAUAAGGUGUGGGUUGCGGACGAAUCGAAGGAGCAUGUCAGCGAGCGGAAGUUUGUGGAUGACAAGGCACAAGAAGACCUUGUGUUGCCCGGAGCCGACAGUGAGAUGACUGCCGAGAAGACCGGCACGCCGGAGGUGAUCCAAUGUCUCGCCACAUCAACCAGCCAUUGCGCAAGCGCCAUGGCAGCAAAACUCAAGGCAGGAGCUCUAAGAGCCUUGCCGAGGUCGUGCGGCUCGAGUCCACAGUGUAGGUCUCUGUCCAGGCCGUCUUGCAACGCCGGAGCAGGGCUGUCGCAAACCCGACAGGCUAGCUCAUUCACAACCCCCAAGACCUCACGCCAUGGUCCUCCAAGGGCCAUUGCGAGCUCCUCGCUGGCCAUCGCACGAAGCAGAGGCUCGAGGAGAAACUAUGCGACCGGCCCCCCUCGAAACAUUGCGGUCCUGGGAGGCGGGAUGACCGGACUGACCACGGCCUACUACCUGACCAAGUUCGUGCCCGAGGCGAAGAUCACGCUGUACGAAGCCAGCGGCAGGCUGGGCGGAUGGGUAGACACGGAGAAAGUCGACGUGCUCAACCAGGAGGGAGAGAAAGCGACGGUGCUAUUCGACCGCGGCGCCAGGACGGUGCAGGCCCAGCACUCCCAGCACAAGUGGGACGAUAUGGUCUUGUACGAAUUGAUCGAUGCGCUCAACCUCAAGUCGCGGCUGGUUACCACUCCCCGGGGGAUGAGGAUACCGCGCUACAUCUACUACCCCGACCAUCUGGUCGACGUGACGGGUCCGUACCUUGAGCCCCUCCGCGACCCGCUCGGUACCGUUGCGUCCCUCCUAGAAUAUGGCAGGAACUACCUCACCGAGCCGUUAUAUGACGGGCUGCUGCCCUCAAUACUGAACGCCUCUUUCUCCAAGAGCGGUGCGUUGACCCGGGAGCAAACUAGUCCCGGGGAUAUACCCGUCGUCGGCCAGCAAGACCUAUCGGUGGGCGAGUACUUCCUGCGCAAGUUUGGGCGCCGCGAUCUGAUCGACAAUAUCCUGUCCGCAAUAGUCCACGGCACGCAGGGAGGGGAUGUCUGGAAGCUCAGCAUCGAGAGCAGCAUGUUCCAGCGCAUGAUGGUUCAGGACAGCCUGGGGAGCACGCCGGGGACUGUGUUGGCGCUGCUGGAUGACGUGAACCUGCUCGAUGACAUAGCCAAGAACAACGAGGCAGUCCGCAAGCUGGCCGAGGAGAGCACGAACUGGGGCUAUAUAUCCUUCGAGGGCGGCUUCAGCACCCUCAUGGAUGCGAUGGCGGCCGAGUUGGAGAGAAACCCCAACGUUACCGUCCUGCUGAACGAGCCUGUGGAACACCUGAGGAAACACCAGACACAGAGGAUAGAGAUCACCACGGCCAAGAGCCGGGAACCCGCCCACUACGACAAGGUUGUAUCGACCAUAUUCGCCAAAACCCUCGCCUCCCUAACCGACAACCUCCUCCCCAGCCUAGCCGAGAUGCACGCCGUGACCAUCCAGGUCGUCAACCUCUGGUACCCGACCCCGAACCUCAACGCCCCCUACCACGGCUUCGGCUACCUCAUCCCCCAGAGCGUCCCCGCCGCCAACAACCCCGAAGCCGCCCUAGGCGUCCUCUUCGACUCGGACCGCGAAGGCGCCCAAUCCGCCCCCGAGCCCGCGUCCGGCCCCGGCGGCACCCCCCCGCCCUCCCCGGGCGGCACCAAGCUAACCGUCAUGCUGGGCGGCCACCACUGGGACGGCCUCCCGGACUCGUUCCUCCCGACGGGCCCCUCGGCCGCCAUCGCGGCCGUCACCCGCCACCUCGGCAUUCCGGCCCUGUCCAGCCCCGCCGCUUCGUCAUCCAAGCUCUGCCGCGCCUGCAUCCCGCAGCACCGCGUCGGCCACGCCGCGCGCCUGGCCGCCGCCCACGCCGACCUGCUGUCCUCGUUCGGCGGCCGCCUCGCGGUCGCGGGCGGCUCGUACUCGAGCCCGGGCGUCCUGCCGGGCCUGCGGGCCGCGCGCGACGUCGCGGCGCAGGUCGGCGGGAGGUUCCGCGUCCCCGCCUCGUCGUCGUCGUCUUCGGCGCCGGCAGUCGUCGGGGAGCAUCCGUGGAGCGUGGGCGAGACGGGGCUGGCGGGGCUGACGGGCCGGCUGUGGAGUCGCUGGCCCAGGGGCCAGCUGCCGUAUGUCGGGGGCGCGCCGUGGAGGGCGCUGAGGCCUGGCGAUGGGGGGGUCGGGGUUGGGGGGGAGUAG